AUGGCUGAAAAGGACCUCCCAUUACCAAAGUUUGGAGAAUGGGAUGUGAAUGACCCUUCUUCAGCUGAGGGAUUCACUGUUAUCUUCAACAAAGCUAGAAACGAGAAAAAGGGUGGUGGUGGUGGUGUAUCUGACUCACCAGGGAAAGAUGAACCUGGAUAUAAUAAAACUGGCCAUGCUCUUGGGAAUGGGAAGCCCACUUCAUACUGCGUGAAGAAGACUGGAGCUUGUCUGAGAAGCCAUGACAGUCACUUGUGGAUUCUGGUUGGAGUUGUUUCAGAGUGGUGUGUUUUGGUGAUUCUGGUCUGGUGCAAGGAGGAUGAAUGUAUUUAG